GAAAUUUUCAAGUAAGAUUUUGAGAAGUGCAAAAUUAGGGUGCACAACUGCCGAAUCCUUUCCACUACGUUAAAUUUUGCACUGACAGAGAAGAAACAACCAGACAUUCACUUUGUUAUAAUCUGCCCAAAGCAAUUGGUCAAGCAGUUCUUGACGGAUUGCUGAAAGCAAUAGAUAAAUACUUUCUUGUCUGAACAGAUCGAUUUAUAUUUCGUCAGAAACCCGAAAUUUAUUUAGUUUCAGAAAUUCCAAACCCUAGCGUAAAGAAGAAGAAGAAAGGAGAAAUAUGUUUUUUCAUAUAGUAUUGGAGAGGAACAUGCAGCUACAUCCUCGCCACUUUGGACCACACCUGCGAGACAAGCUAGUCUCCAAGCUCCUUCAGGACGUGGAAGGAACUUGCAGUGGUCGAUAUGGAUUCGUUGUAGCUAUAACAGGAGUUGAGAACAUUGGAAAGGGGCUUAUCCGGGAGGGAACUGGAUUUGUAACAUUUCCAGUUAAAUACCAAUGUGUAAUUUUCAGACCUUUCAAAGGGGAGAUUUUAGAAGCUGUGGUGACAAUGGUGAAUAAGAUGGGAUUCUUUGCUGAAGCAGGACCUGUCCAGAUCUUUGUGUCUAAUCAUCUGAUACCAGAUGACAUGGAAUUCCAAUCUGGAGACACUCCUACUUAUACAACUUCUGAUGGAUCUGUUAAAAUUCAGAGAGGAACUGAAGUGCGGCUGAAAAUUGUUGGUACACGUGUUGACGCGACAGAAAUUUUCUGCAUUGGAACAAUAAAGGAUGAUUUCUUAGGAGUGAUCAGUGAUCCAAGCAUGGCAGUAUAGACAUUUGGUGAAUACACGAGCAAAAGUUGAAUGGGAGUCUAGUGGAGAAAUUAGGAAAUCCACAUGAUUUUUGCUAAGUAGAUUGCGUAAAUCAUUCUAUCUGUGUCAGUUACUUUGUAGACGCUACCAGGGCAAAGAAUGUAUUGUGUAUAGUUUUUUUUGUGUGGAUAAUUGUAAUUGUGAGCAUUUGCCUUCUGCAUCUACUGCCCACCGUGUUAUACAUUUGGAAAAUUGUUGUUCAGCACUUAUUAUUUGGCACAAGUUGAAUGCAUGCAGAAAAUAACUUUCUGUUGGAGAAAAAUGCCUCUCCACUGUAUAAAUGUCUAGUGUGAUUCUAACAUUGAAUUAAUAAGAAACUAAUUGUAAUUGCUCUGUUGAACCAUA